AUGUAUGCGAAAUUUCGUAUAUUAUUGACGCUAUUUGUGUUUGUGAAUGUAAAUGUGAAAACUCUGUGCGCCAUUGAAGCUGAGACAGAGACUAGUGAAACCAAAUCGAGUACAAAUCUUGCGCUUGCGACUGAAAAUGCAAAUGAUGAGGCUGCAACAAGUAUCACAACUGAUAAUGACGCCCUCACAGCAAUAACAACAACAACACUGCCAAUAAGCGCAAAAGCAUCAAGAGGACGUAGCAUUGCCGAAAAUUAUGACAACGAUGACUACAAAGAAGCGCACAAACAAUUGUUGCAGCCCACGCAUAGCAACGACGCUGAGCGACCGUUAAAAAAUGUGUUUAGUGGUAUUUAUAAGAGCUACAGGAGCACAUACAUGGGUAAUGGAACCUCAGCUGAGUACAAAAAAAGAUUAAUUGAACGCUUAAAUGCUGCUGCUAACGCCUACACGCGGCACGUGAGCACUUCGAAAGCCACAGCGGCACCAGGCACAGCAGUGACUGUAGCAAACGAAAGACUUAAGAACCAAACUUCGUUGGCCGCCAUUGCUGAGCCGACGCCCAUUCCGCCACCCGCACUCGAAACUGAAGCACUCAAGCUGUUAUUAAAAGCAAAGCUACGUAAGCGCAAACGUAAAUAUCAUCGCGCGCAGUCGAGUGGAAAGCAUACAAAAAUAAAUACACACUUUAACAAUGCAAAUAUAAAUGCUGAUAACGCAAGCGAUAGUAACAACAACACUAACAGCAUGCAGCAGCUGCCACUUAACAGCGUACACUCCGCACUCGACGUGCAGCUCAGCGACGACGAUAAGCAUUAUCGCUACGCAAUCGGACCUGGCGUAAAUGUGAGCUUUGAUAUGCUGAACGAUAUCGUAAAUGUCAAUUUGGAUGGCGAUAACCUGCGUGAAAUAAUGCGCGGACGCUGGUUGAGCGAUAAUUCGGAGGAAGGUCGCGGCAAGAAAUAUGAUAUGGUCACUAAGGUGUUGCCACUUUUCGUGCUGCCAUUCCUUAUACAAUCUGCCAUUGUGCCAUUUCUGGUUACUAAGUUGAAAUUGUUGCUGGUGAAAUCGAUACUGAUUGGUAAACUAGCUAUAUUCCUACUCAUUCUAUCGGCGAUUAGGAAUAGCAAUAAAGCGGUGCAAUCAUACGAAGUGGCGCCGUCGUAUUGGGCUGGUGAACCUAGUCGGCGAUCGGAGUUGGCGGCGGUGGCUUCCUCGUCAGCGGCAUAUAAUGGCUAUCGUGUGGAGGGAAAACCGGCGGCUUGGAUUAAUUGA